AUGUUGGCCGCCCCUGCCCCCGCCGCUGCCCCCGCGACCGACGCGCCCAAGCCCGUCAUCGGCGUCAUCUUCUACUCGCUGUACGGCCACAUUGGUGUGCUCGCCGAGGCGGUCAUCAAGGGCGUCGAGGCCGCUGGCGCGAUCGCCAAGCCGUUCCAGAUCCAGGAGACGCUCACCGAAGACAUUCUCGAGAAGAUGAAGGGUGGUGGCUCGCUCAAGCCCAAGUACCCUGUCGUCACCCCCAACGACCUCAAGGACCUCGACGGCUUCAUCCUCGGCGCGCCCACCCGUUACGGCCGCCUCCCCGCCCAGGUCUCGGCCUUCUUUGACCAGACCGGCGGCCUCUGGGCCACGGGCGCCCUCCACGGCAAGUUUGGCGCGACCUUCACCUCGUCGGCCUCGACCCACGGCGGCCAGGAGACGACCCACCUCACCACGCUCCCCUUCUUCGCCCACCACGGCAUCAUCUACGUGCCCAUCGGCUACACGCAGCCCUACCUCACCGACCUGAACGAGGUCCACGGUGGCUCGCCCUACGGCGCGUCGACCAUUGCCGGCGGUGACGGCUCGCGCCAGCCCACCGAGGGCGAGCUCAAGCUUGCCGAGUACCAGGGCGAGUACUUUGCCAAGACUGUCGGUCAGUCCGUCCGCGGCCGUCAUCUUCUGAACGGUGGCGCAGCCGCCGGAGCCGCCGCCGUCGCUGCUGGCAACAACACGUCGGCGCCCGCCAAGGCCCUCCCUGCCGACGCCGAGCCGGCGGGAUACCAGAUCGAAGACAAGGCACCGACGCACCCCACCGCCGCGGUUGUCGGCGAGCCCGAGAAGGUUGCCGGCGCGACCGGUGCGGACGCGCCCGGUGCUGCUGCUGCUGUCGCUGGCGCGCCUGCCGCCGCUACCACCGCUGCUGGCGACGCCCAGAACGCCGCUGCCCCUGUCGCUGAGAAGGCCGCUGCCGCUGCCCCCGCCUCCGCUGGCGCCGCUGCUGCCGACAGCACGCCGGCGCCUCCCAACCCCACGACGCGCCCCCCACCCGCCGCAAAGAAGGGCGGCCUGUUCUCGUGCUGCUCGGGCGGCAACAUCGACUAAGUAAACUCUAUAGUGAUGGCAUGCGUUGUACAACUAGCGUGCUGCGGGUGCAAGGACUUCUAUAGUGCGAGCGUGAAGACACGCACGGCGCGGUCGUGGCCCGCCGACGCGAGCGUCAGACUGCUGGGGUGCCAUGCGAGCCGGUAGACUGCGCCGGCGUGUGCCUGCGCUGCUGGGACGGCCGCGAGCGGCGUGAUUGCGCUUGCCGCGACGGCGUAGACCUCGAUGCCGCCUGCCUCGGUGCCAACCGCCAAGAUGUCCCCGCCUGCAGGACUCGAGGUGAGCGCGACAGCCGUUGCCGGCUGCUCGAGCUUGAGGGUAGCGGCCACGGCCCAUGCGCCGCCACUCCGCGCCCACACCUUGACGCUCUUGUCACGACUUGCGGUCGCGAAGCGGUCUCCAGAGGGCGACCACGCCGCGUCGAGGACCAUGCGGGCGUGUGCGCGUUCCUCAGCGGCGGCGGGCACGAAGCCCGCGCCAUCCCGCGCGAACAGCCGCCACGAGCGGUCGCGGGACACGGUAAGCAGGAGCGUGUCGUCGGGGCUGAACGCGAUGCGUGUGACCGUCAGGCUGUGACCCAGGAGCG